AUGGAUGAUGUGGUUCCACGGGUAGAGCCAUCCACAUCAGUUACAUUUUCAAAUUUUAACAGCAGCCUGUGGGGAGUACACCGUGAUAUAGCUGAUGGAUGCACUGACUGGUCUGUUGAUUACAAAAAAUAUCAGGUUCUGGUAGGUGAGCCCGUACGGAUAAAAUGUGCACUAUUUUAUGGAUAUAUCAGAGCGAACUACACAUUAGCACAGAGUGCUGGACUCAGCCUGAUGUGGUAUAAAAGUACUGGGCCCGGAGACUUUGAAGAGCCAAUUGCUUUUGAUGGAAUAAGGAUGAGCAAAGAAGAAGAUGCUAUUUGGUUUCGACCAACCGUGACAGAAGAUAGCGGUCUUUAUGCAUGUGUCAUAAGGAACUCCACUUACUGCAUGAAAGUUUCUAUAUCCCUGGCAGUAGGGGACAACGAUACUGGAUUUUGUUAUAACUCCAAGAUGAAAUACUUUGAAAAAGCUGAGCUGAGCAAAAGCAAGGAGAUCUUGUGCCCAGAAAUAGAAGAUUUCAUUAUACCAUACAGAGAGCCAGAAAUCAAGUGGUAUAAGGAAUGCAAGGCAAAGACAUGGAGGCCCAGCAUUAUUUUAAAAAGGGAUACUCUAGUUAUCAGAGAGGUCAGAGAAGAUGACAUUGGAAAUUAUACCUGCGAACUGAAGUAUGGAAGUUUUUUAGUGAGAAGGACUACAGAGUUGACAGUAACAGCUCCACUAACAGAUAAACCACCAAAGUUACUCCAGCCUUUGGAAAAUAAAUUAACAAUCCAGGAAGCUCAAAUUGGCAGCUCGGCUAAUUUAACCUGCAAAGCUUUCUUUGGCUAUAGCGGUGAUGUAAGCCCUUUAAUUUACUGGAUGAAAGGGGAAAAGUUUAUUGAAGAUUUGGAUGAAAAGCGUGUCAGAGAGAGUGAUAUCAGAGUUCUUAGGAAACAUCUUGGAGAGCAAGAAGUAUCGAUCUCAUUAAUAUUUGAUUCAGUUCAAGAUUCUGACUUAGGAAAUUACUCCUGUUAUGUUGAGAAUGGUAAUGGACGACACCAUGCUAGUGUACUCCUCCACAAAAGGGAACUGAUGUACACUGUUGAACUGGCUGGAGGUCUAGGAGCCAUUCUUCUGUUGCUUGUGUGUCUGGUCACCAUCUACAAAUGUUACAAGAUUGAACUUAUGCUUUUUUAUAGAAACCAUUUUGGCACUGAGGAACUUGAUGGUGACAACAAAGAUUUUGAUGCUUACUUAUCAUAUACAAAAGUAGACCCAGAUCAAUGGAACCAGGAGACUGGAGAGGAAGAAAGAUUUGCACUGGAAAUUUUGCCUGAUAUGCUUGAAAAACACUAUGGUUAUAAACUGUUCAUACCUGACAGAGAUUUAAUCCCUACAGGAACUUAUAUUGAAGAUGUGGCAAGAUGUGUGGACCAAAGUAAAAGGCUAAUAAUUGUUAUGACUCCCACAUAUGUAGUAAGAAGAGGAUGGAGUAUAUUUGAGCUAGAGACCAGACUUCGGAACAUGUUGAUCACCGGGGAAAUAAAAGUCAUAUUGAUUGAGUGCAGUGAAUUACGUGGGAUUAUGAAUUACCAGGAGGUGGAAACUCUUAAACACACGAUUAAGCUUCUAACCGUUAUCAAAUGGCAUGGGCCGAAAUGCAACAAGUUGAAUUCAAAAUUCUGGAAACGUUUACAAUAUGAAAUGCCUUUUAAAAGAAUAGAACCCAUCACACAUGAGCAGGUUUUAGAUGUCAGUGAGCAGGGACCUUUUGGGGAACUGCAGACAGUCUCAGCAAUCUCCAUGGCUGCUGCCACUUCCACUGCCCUGGCCACUGCCCAUCCUGACAUCCGUUCUACCUUUCAUAAUACUUACCAUACUCAAAUGCGGCAGAAACACUAUUAUAGAAGCUAUGAAUAUGAUGUACCUCCAACUGGCACCCUGCCUUUUAUCUCAAUAGGUAAUCAGCAUACUUAUUGCAACAUACCUAUGACACUUAUCAAUGGACAGCGGCCACAAACAAAAACAAACAGGGAGCAGCACCCAGAUGAAGCCCAUACAAACAGUGCUAUCUUGCCACUUUUGCCAAGGGAGACAAGUAUAUCCAGUGUCAUCUGGUGACAGAAAUGGUAGGGGCACAGCAGCCCCACCCCCACCAUCACACAGUUGGAAGUCAUGCAGUCUGGUGCCUGGAACUUCAUCCUCGACUGCUGCUGUUAAACAUGCAUUACAAUCGUUAAUAUCUGAGGAAAAACAGGGUCUUGUACAUAUUUUUGCAAUUUAUUUGUAGCAUCAGUGUCUUCCUGUUUUACCCAUGUCUCUUGCCAUUACAUUUUUGACUUUGUUUUAUAUGUCAAUGAAAUUUGUCUAGUUACAUUUUUUAUGAAUAGACUGAUGUAUAGAUAGGACGUGUUCUCUUUUACUUCUCCUUAAGUAUAGUUUUAGAUUUUUUUUUAUUUAAUCUUUUUUUGGAAUGCGUGAACCAGCCACUGGAUAAGGAUCAACAUUAUUUUGUUGGCUUUAUUAGUAUUUUACAUUCAUGAUGCUCAGCCUUCAGCAUCAAAAGAAAGAAGUAUGCAAGAUUCCAAUGACUCUUAUUUUUUUAAGAUAACUAGCAGAGCUCACUUUCGAUUCCUUCUGCCCACCUACCUGAUGGCAGCAUGCUUGGUUACAAUUCAAGAUGGUCUGAUUGUUUAUCUUUGAACUAACUUAAAUGUCUAUCAUUCAACAAUAUUCCUGGUCUGUAUUUAUUGCUUUGCAGUAACAUAGAUCCUAGAGAGCAGUUUUAAUGGAAACAUUUUCUAUCAAAAGUUUUUUUUCUUUAUUUUAUCUUUCUUUUUUAAGUACCAUUUUCUUUUUUUUAGAUUUUGUGAAGGGGGUGAAUGGGGGAUCACAUAUUGUUUAUAUUUUAUUGUUACCUUUUUCUCUACUUUAAAAUACCACUUGAAAAGCUACAGUGCUCGAGUC